ACCUUCUCUGUAGUUCCGGCUGCAGCUACUAGGAAGUGGCUGUCCGAGUCCUCCCCUCCUGCUCUCUGCGUUGAGCCGACUCAGGGCUGAGUCUGUGCAGCUGCUUGUGGCUAGACGCAGCCGUGUGGACUCCUGGAGCAGCUCUGACAUCUCUCAUGAUCUGCAGCAUCUCCUGCCAUUCUGCAGAAGCAGCUGAUUGAAUUCAAUUAGAUGAGACUUCAUCGGCAUGCCAAGCUAUACAGGCUCCAGGAGAUAGAAAACGAGAUGCCCUCGCUGCUGAAAUGGUCUUCUCUGCCAGUGGCAGGCAUGGUCUCGGAGUUAAAGUUCCCAGUUCCUUGGGGCCACAUUGCAGCCAAGGCCUGGGGAUCCCCGCAAGGCCGUCCUGUGCUCUGCUUGCAUGGCUGGCUGGACAAUGCCAACACCUUCAACAGACUCAUCCCAUUGCUCCCUAAAGAUUACUAUUACAUGGCAAUGGAUUUUGGGGGCCACGGCCUGUCAUCCCACCGGCCCGCGGGCUUUCCUUACCACUUCCUGGACUACGUGAGUGAGAUCCGCAGGGUGACAGCAGCCUUGAAGUGGAGUCGAUUUACUCUAAUGGGCCACAGUUUGGGUGGGAGUGUCGCAGGAAUGUUCUCCUGCAUUUUCCCUGAGAUGGUAGAUAAGCUGAUCCUGGUGGAAUCUUAUGGCUUCUUCCCAGCUCCUCAGGGUCAGGACAAAGGCCCGGGAUUAGGUAGGCAAAGGAAGCUGAACUCCCCUCUUCCCUCUAGAGAUGGGCCAUCCAAGUCAGAGAAAGGUGACGCAUGGCUGAACUCUAAGAGGAAGGUGAUUGAACGUCUCCUGAGUCUGGAGGAGAACAAGCACCAGCCCCCUAAAAUACGCAGCCCCCAAGAAGCGCUGCAGAGGCUAUUACAAGCCAACAGCCACCUGACAGAGGAGAGUGGGAGGAUCUUACUACAGCGAGGAGCGACUGAGGUGCCGGGAGGCCUGGUGUAUAACAGAGACAUGAGAGCCCUUACGCACAAUCAAGACUCCCUGACUCUGGAGCAGUGUGUGAGCUUCUUGAACAAAAUCCAGGCCAGUGUCCUAAUGAUCAUGUGAGUGAUGCACAAGCAUAGCCAAUACCUACCGUCCGCCCCUUUCCAUGUGCCCAUGCCCAGGGUGGGUGGUGCACUGGAGGGCAGGUGUGAAUAAAAACCCUUUCCAUGUGUGGAAGGUAGAGUUAAGGAUUUAAUACUGAUAGGAAUUAAAUAAGCUUGGUGUAUAACUGCUCCGUGACACACAGCCAAACACAAACAAAGCUAGACCCCUGCUCAGCUUUUGACAGGGCGGUAGUGCCACUUCCAUGAGCAAGUCCCAUUCCCCUUCCACGGGUUCCUUCACCUAACCUAUGGCAGGUGUGUGUUCACCUACCGAAAAGUGCAUGGACACAGGUUCUCUCUUGCUUGCUGCUCCCUCAUAACUAAGGCUACGUUUUAGUCACGGGUAUUUUUAGUAAAAGUCAUGGACAGGUCUCUGGGAGUAAACAAAAAUUCACA